UACACAGUGAGUUAGAUUUAUAUCAGAGCAGGCUGUAUAUUUGUGUUCGCGCCUCACCGGGAUCCUCACUCAGACGAGCCCUCGCUCCACGGCGCUACGAUUAGUUAGAUUUAUUAUUUUGACUGGUUUAGUUCAAAAGUGUGUCAUUUUGAUCAUUUUCUAGUUUGGACUGGACACGUUGAAGUAUGGACACAGGAAGUUUGUUCAUCUUAAGCGUCCUCAUUUGUUUUGUCCACCCUGAACGAAAGUUUGUUUUUGUAAACAAAUAUCUGAACUGGACCUCAGCUCAGACCUACUGCAGAGAGAGCUUCACUGACCUGGUGACUGUCCAAGAUGAGCAGGAGAAUCAGAAGCUGAUGGAACUGGCAGAGGACCUGAAUGAGUGCGUUUGGAUCGGCCUCCGUCAUACCUUACAUAACUGGAAGUGGAGCAAGGGAGUCCCCAGUCGCUCUUAUGAUCAGAAUGAUGACAUCUGGGCUGAUGGUCAACCUGACAAUGAUGGUGGAGGCGAGCACUGUGCUGGGAUUUCUGUCACGUCGUUAAAAGGAUUUAAUGAUAAAGAAUGCACCACAGCCUUGCCUUUCAUAUGUUUUGAUGACAAAGCUGUUCUGAAAUACAUUAUAGUUGAGGAGCUCGAAACAUGGGACGAUGCUCAGAUCUACUGCAGGACGACGCACGAUGACCUCGCCACUGUGACCAAGGAAACACUUUUGCUCCUCGUGUCCCAGCUGAUGCUGACAGGUCAAAGGGAGGCUUGGAUUGGGCUGUACAGGGAUCCCUGGAGCAGCUGGUCUGACAGCACCAGCACCAGCUUUAACAAGUGGGAAACAGAUCCUACUAUUCAUCCCACAGAUGACUCCUGUGGUUGUCUGAAGGCUGACACAGGCCUGUGGCAAGACAUCAGCUGUGAUACUGGCAACCAGUUUUUUUGCUAUCAAGAUCUGAGGCAGACUGUCCUGAAAGUGAAGCUUCAGUCUGCAGUGGACCUGAACAACAUGGAAAUGCAGCAGCAGAUUUUAGAGCAGAUCCAGGACAGACUUGAAGCAGUGGGAGUGACAAACAUCACAGUGAAGUGGAGAGCUACAGCACAGAACUCAAACCCAGAGGAGCUUGUCACAAACUGAACUGUGCACAGAAAAUGUGACCCAUAAACACUACAGAUGAACAGUCCAUGUUCUGGUCUGUGACUGUAGAUGUUAAGGAAUUAACCCUUCCAGACCGACGGUGUUGAUAGAAACUUACAAAACAUUUUUUUCCUUGAAGAGCUAAGAGGUGCGGCUUUCCGAGCAGAUUUCCGGCAUUAUCGUCUGUGAGGCUGUGUUAUGACGUAGAAAGUGUCUUAUAGAAACUUUGUUUUCCACCAAACUGCAGCAGCAGAUUGUGAAAUAACAGGUUGUACUGAACAAACUGAUGUAUAACACUUCAUUAGGGGGUAAAAGGGGGAGUUUUAAUAGCAAAAUUAAGAAAAAAAAAAUCCAAGUGAGGAAAAUGUACUAAAAUUGCCCUUAGGUCUGGAAGGGUUAAGUUAAAAUAGUUUUCCAGUUAAUUAAAGCUAGUUUAGUCCUCAUGCAGACUUGGUUUGUAUCAGGUUUGAAAACAUUUAGUGGCUCAUAUGAUACAAGUCUUGAUAUCGAUUUGUUGUACAAUCGAGAAAUAAAAAAAAAAAAAAAAAGAUAGUUUUGUUCCCUUGUGGGUCUGGUCUUGGAAUAAAACACACAUACACACACACACACAACCACUCAAAAUGCUCUCUUCCACCUCGUGAUGUCAUGACACUGUAAUUUUCAAGUAAAAAAAACAGCUCCUUUAGUACAUUACCUUUAGUUCAUGGAGUUUAAAAACACAGUGGAGCACUUCUUGUAUUACCACAUGACAUCACAAGGUGGGACAGAGUGUUUUCUAUGGA